AUAGCAAAGAACUUUUGGAAGCUUCAACCAAGGAUCCACAACGACAUCGCGCGUCGCGACAAUCUGAAUCUUUAUCCAAUCUUUAUCUUCACUCAACCUCUUCGAUUCGCAUUUCCAACAACUCCCGGAGACCGUAUCAUACUCCAAAAUACAACCAUUCAGUCAAAAUGUCGGGGGCGAAACAUUGGGAGCAAGAUAAAGAAGCCACUGUCUAUGUGGGUAAUAUCGACGAGCGCGCUACCGAUGCUCUGAUAUGGGAGCUGAUGGUCCAAGCCGGCCCUGUAGUCAAUGUACAUUUGCCCAAAGAUCGUGUGACCCAGUCGCACCAGGGCUUCGGUUUCGUCGAAUUCAAUGGCGAGGUCGACGCCGACUAUGCCGCCAAGAUCAUGAACGGCAUUCGAUUAUACGGGAAGGCGCUACGUGUCAAUAAGGCAUCGGCAGACAAGCAAAAACCUUUGGAGAUUGGCGCAGAGCUCUUUAUUGGCAACCUCGACCCAAUGGUGGACGAAAAGGUCCUAUACGACACUUUCAGCAGAUUUGGAACUCUCAUUGCGCCUCCUAAGGUAGCUCGUGACGAUAACGGAUUGAGCAAGGGAUACGGUUUUGUCAGCUACAGUAGUUUUGAGGCCAGCGAUGAUGCUAUCAACAACAUGAAUGGACAAUUCCUCAUGAAUAAGGAUGUCAGUGUACAAUACGCCUACAAGAAGGAUGGUAAAGGCGAGAGGCACGGAGACGAAGCCGAACGAAUGCUUGCUGCUCAAGCGAAGAAGCACAACGUCACCAUCGAAAGCCAACCCAUGCCACCUGGACUUCUUCAGACGCCUACUCCUGCUACCCCUGCCCCGGCGGCCGUCGCUCCACCAGUCAUGGCAACUGGCGGAUUUGAUCCUUCUAUGGCCGCUGGUAUCCCUCCUCCGAGACCGCCCGUUGGCUUUGCUCCACCUCCUAACUCUCAUCGCGGCCCUCCUCCCCCGUUCGGUGUUAACGGUACGCCGAUGCCUCCUGGAGCUGGACGAACAAACGUUCUACCCCCAGCACCACAGGGUCUACCCGCUCGUCCACCACCGUCUCAAGCUGGAUACGGUAGCCCUGCCGACUUCCAUCCCGGCGGAUUCAGAAUGCCACCGCCUGGUUUUGGUCCUCCGGGUAGCGUACCUCCGCCCCCACCACCUGGAUUCACCCCUGGUUAUGGCCGUUGAGGUUCGAUAAACAUAAUCGAGAAUGGACCAUAAGUACUAUCCCGGCAUUACCUAUCGUUCCGUCUUGCGCGAUAUCAGUAUCGGGGAUUCGUGCUAGUGGAAUAUUCGGGGUCCUUGUCCAAUAAUUACGAGGGCUAAAUAGACCUGGGCAUGAUGAGUAAGGACAAAGAAGCCGACCUCCGA